AUGUAUUUGUAUAUCUUAUCCUCUAUCGUGUUUAAGAAGAAGAGAAUAAUGAAGCUUUUUAUGAAAUAAUAUUUGGGUUUAUUUUAUUUUAUUUUCUCCUCAAAUAUUCAAAUUUACGUCAACGUCCGUUACGUUGGUGACGUCACCGCGAGCGCGAGAAGUCGAAGUGAGGAGCAGAAAGCGUUGUUAGUGUUAGUUCUGGCCCGUUUGGACCCAAACUAAAGUGUAUCAGUAUGAAGCAGGCGGAGACGGCGCACUGAUUCACUCUCAGAGCUCGAUUCACUAAUGACCGAAUCACCGAGGAACCGACCAAAGAUAACUCACACCCGCACAGAGAAGAAGAUGAGCUGGAGUGGGGCAAAGAGAACUGCAUUCAGAUCAAACGGAUACAAGAGAGGUGGCCGAGUUGUUUGAGGAUCUGAAGAAUCGAGUGUCACAAUUCAACAUGCACAUCAGCGAAACUUCCUCUGACUACACCAGCGCGCGCACACACACAAAUUCAUAGUGCAGGUGGCGAUUGCAGGCGCAUUUUAUCCGAACUGCUUCCUCCAGGGAACUGUGGACGAGGAGCUCGCCUCCAAGGAACUCUAUGGAAACGACCCCAGGACCACCAUAGUGGUGUGUAAUCUCCCUCCAUUUGCAUUCCUCUACUAUAAACAGCUCCAGUCUCUCUUCAGACACUGUGAUUAAGUCAAAUCCAUCUCCUUUGACAGCUCCAGGGCCUAUGUAGAGUUCUACCGCUCGUCAAUGAGAGGUUCUGGCGUUCUCCCAGAGGUCUCUCUGUCUCUCCUCCUCGCACAGCAGAGACUUCCUCUCCAUCUCAACGUUUAACCCACUGGAGAGGUGGAGACUUGGGUAGAGGGGUAGUGUAUCUCACACCUCAGACAUACACGGGUGAAUGUGGAUUUUCAGAAUCAGUCAGUGAGCCCUGUCAGGGUUCUGAGCAGCUCCAUUGAGCUGGAGAAUCUUCCAUCUAACCCUGUCUUUAUCGUCAAUAUCACCGAGGUGUCUGUUCCGCCUCUUUCACUUUCAGUGCACAAAUAAAAAAAAAAGCAGUGGCUCGUGUGUGUGUGUGUGUGGGUCAUGGAAGUGGGGUUUCCAGGCUCACGCGGAAAGUCUGGAGAAACAGAGGUGGCUGACAGUGGCCGUUAAUACACGGGCGCUCUGCCCACUUCCUGUCUCACCUUAUCCAAAUCUUCUGUGUCUCGCCCCUUUCUCUGAAACUCACACCAAACCUGGGAACUACUACAGAGCCAAAAUACUGCAUGUCAUGGGGAGUAAUGUGGAGGCUUACACAUGAAUACGUACUUUAUCCCUUCAGAAUGGUGGAGAUUUGUCUCUUGACUAUUUUAAAUUUGGUUCUCUUCAACAGGUUGUGUUUGAGUUGUGCAGGCUUGUGUCACCUGACUUAAAGAAGGCAUUGUUUGAAGGGCUUGAUCAACACCUCCCACGGCUCCUGCAGUUGUACAACACCGAGAGGCAGUGAAAUACCCGAAAUCCAACAUGUGAUGACCCGCAUUGAUCAAGAGGCAGAGGAAGCUCAGCGAAAGCUUAAGAGACAGAAUGGAGAGGACCCAGCCCUGCCUCCAUUCUGCCCACUGUUUGCCAGCUUGGGAAACAUUCUGCAGUGUGACGUGCUGCUUGGCAUGCUGGGAGCUGUGCUGCAGUGGGCUAUGGAGCCCAGUGGAGGACACUGGUCUGAGUCCAUGCUGCAGAGGGUGCUGCACUUGAUAGGCAUGGCUCUGCUGGAGGAGCAGCAACAGCUAGAGAACAUUGGGGAUGACGAUGAAGUUACUUUCAACUUCACCCUCAAAAUCUCCCCGUGUAUGAAGCAGUGCUGCACGGAGCAGAUGACGGAAUGUCUGGACUGGAUUAUGGCUGAAUGUAAGAAUUUGUAUUCAAAAUUUCUGCAGAGUAUGGCGAUCUCCUUCAUACAGAAGUCAGAUGGUUGAGUAGGAGUAAGGUACUUCACCGUUUUAUUUCCUUGGUGAGUGAAAUUACGGCUUUAAUGGAACUGGGGGGGGGACGACACUAACCUGUUGUCUGAUGGCUGCUUGAUCUUGCAUUCUUGGCUGAUGUGACAGAGAAACUGAAUCAGCUCAAUCUUCAGUUACAAGGUAAAGACAAAACCAUAUGUGAUAUGAUCAGUGCUGUGAAGGUAUUUAAAGCAAAACUGUCAUUUUACCUUCAGCAAUUGAAAAACAAAAGAUUGCAACACUUCCCGUCAUUGGUAAAGAUAGAAAGAAAGCCAUGCAAAUGCAAGCAAAGUUUUGGAUGUACUCGAGUAUUGUGACCUCCUGUCCAGGCUUGGGCAGGAAUCUGAGGAAAGGUUCAGUGAUUUUGAAAAUCUUGAGAUAUGUGUGGCAUUUGUUGCCAAGUCUUUCAUGGAGAUAGACAUGGAUCACAUUUCAAAGCAGAUGGCUGAACAAAAGUUUAACUAUGUGCUCUUCUCAUCAGCAGACCAUAGGCAACAGCUAAAGGGUGUUUCUGUCGUGGUUUCUGUAAUGUAGUGGUUAUCACGUUUGCUUCACACGCAAAAGGUCCCUGGUUCGAGACUGGGCAGAAACAAGCUAGCAAUUUUGAACUUUGCUUUAAUAACUGACCGGUUGUCAUCACCGUAGGAUCAGGUCCUCUAGGAACAGCCGGAAAGCGAGACCUUGGACAGAGCAGAUUUCCUUCUUUUGUGCCUUUGUAGCAAAGCAGUUAACAUUUGCUUACAAAAUGAAAGGGAGUCUCUGGUUUUCUACAGAAAGUGGAAGCCUGGCUCUUUCGUUGCUCAAUAAGACUCUGAACGUGACUGGAAAAUUUUCCAUAAAGUCCUGGUCGCCAAGUUCACCUAUCAGCGAGAGGUCUACACCCGAAAAAGGCUGGGAGCGGUUUCCCUUCCAUUGAGCUUUUGGUGCAAGGCAGAUAACAGCUGCUUGCAAAAUCACAGGCAGUCUCUGCUUUUCCACUGAAUGUGGGAGCCUGGCUCUUUCCUUCAUCAAGAAGACAAGAGUAAUGAUGCGCUUGAUUCGAGGGGUAGGGGUAGACAUGGCCAGGGAAGAAGAGAAACAAUACAGAGCAGCAAGUAGUUACACAGACUCCUGAAUGUUCUCCAUAACCAUACAUUUCAUGUAAACACCAACCAGAAAAACUGAAAAUAUAUGUACACACUGUAUUUCACAAUAAUUAACAAUGGUCAAGUCCAUCAAUAACGCAAAUGUCCAAGUCUGUUAAGUUCAGUACCCCAACUAAACUUUCUAAAUCUUACGGUUCGGUCCCCAUUUGGGUGCCACUCUGUAGCGUGGUACCUUAUGGGGUUUGGACGCCAGACAGUUCAAAUUAACAGUCACUUAUAACUUAUAAUUUGGACAUCACUCAGAAUAAGGCUACUCAAUUCUUACAAAAUAAGUUUAUUAUUAUUUAUGCAAUAAACAUAAGAAAAUACAGAUCGUUUCAGUCAUAGAAACCGAAAUAAUGAAAACCAAAAAGUUCCCCUACGUGGGAUUAAUAAACGCACCCA